AUGGUGCAAGUUCACGACGACGUUAAGCCGGCCUACGCCGAAGACCAAAUCGAAACCAAACAAGACCUGCAGCUUAUGGAACAUGUCGAGGACACUGAGGCCGACGGCUAUGUCGACCCGACGUUAGUUCUUACUGAGGCUGAUAACAAGCGGCUCAGGCGCCGCAUCCACCGUCGUAUUUUGCCUCUCCUCUGUCUUGGUUAUCUUUGCCAGGCUCUGGACAAGGGAACGAUCUCCGCGGCAUCGAUCAUGAACUGGAUCACGGACGUCGGUGCUGUCGGCCAGGACUACGCCCUCACCACCACCGUUUUGUGGUGUGGUAUCAUUCUCGCAGAGCCAUUUGCCAACCAACUCAUCCGUCGUCUUCCAAUGGCUAAGCUUCUGGCCGGAGGCAUUGUCAUUUGGUCGGUCCUCCUCUUGGGUAUCGGCUUCUCCAUGAGCAUGCCUCCCGUCUUUGCCCUCAGGUUCCUGCUUGGUUUCUUCGAGUCGCUUAUCGGCCCCGUUUUAAUCUCAAUCAUGGUCCAGUGGUACACUGUGGCUGAGCAGCCUUUCGUCACUACCAUGUGGCAGUGCAUGCUCGGCACAGCCAACGCUUUCACAGCACUUCUUGCCUACGGCUUCUAUCACAUUCAAAACGGCAAGCUCAAGUCUUGGCAGUGGCUGCAUAUCACCAUCUCCCUCAUCUCUUUCACUUGUGCCGUUAUCAUCUUCAUCUUCCUUCCGGACUCGCCCACAAAGGCCCGUUGGGCGUCCAAGGACGAGAAGAAGAUGCUCGUCGAGCGUGUGCGCUCCAACAACCAAGGACUCAAGCAGAAGCGCUUCAAGCGCGAACAAAUGGUUGAGGCACUCACCGACCCCUUCUCGGCAUGCCUCUUCCUUCUGUGCGUGUUCAACACGCUUGUCGUGGGCGGUAUCGGCACGUUCGGCGGCCUCUUGAUUACCAAAGCGUUUGGAUUCAGCAACCUGCACGCCCAGUUGCUCAAUAUUCCUGUCGGAGUCGUUAGCAUCCUCACAUUCGUCCUCAUGGGAUUCCUCGUCAAGCGUACCGGCCAGACCUGUCUUUGCAUGAUCGGAUUCACCAUUCCCAACAUCGUUGGCACGAUUGUGCUCCUCACCGUCGCUCCCAGCGACAAGACCAAAGGUCCUCUGGUCUUCGCAUACUACAUCAUGCAGAUCUACGGCGCAUGCUACCCCGCCAUCCUCAUGCUCCUCGCCCGCAACAGCGCUGGACACACCAAGAGGUCGAUCACCUAUGCGAUCACUUUCUGCGGAUGGGCCUCUGGCAACGCGGCCGCGCCGCAGCUGUUUAACUCGCGCUGGGCGCCACGCUACUUCAACAGUCUCUACAUCCACCUGGGCUGCUACGCGUGCUUCAUUGGCAUGGCCCUUCUCACUCGCCAGAUCCUUUCCACCCGCAACAGCAAGAAAAUUGCUGCCGCUGAGGCCAAGGAGCUGGUUGAGGGCAGGGGCCUUGCGAACCUCCACGCUUUCGAGGACUUGACUGAUAUCCAGAACCCCGACUUCCGCUACUGCCUUUAA